AUGGCUUCUCCUUAUGACGUGUUUAUCAGUUUUAGAGGUUCAGAUACUCCCACAAACUAUAGCAAAUAUUGUCUCAUGGAACUUGCUGAGAUAUGGGAGUGUCAUUUAUCUAAUGGUCAAACCAUUCUGCCCGUAUUCAUUGAUGUUGAGCCACUAGAUGUUCGACAUCAGACUGGAAGUUUUAAGGGACCAUUUCAGGAACACCAAAGGAAGUAUGAGUCUCCUGAUGUAAACAGUUGGAAGAACGCUUUGAAAGAGGUGGGGAAUCUAAAGGGAUGGCAUCUCAAGGGGGACACAACAAUUGAGGAUCAAUUAAAUUUAGUCAAGCAAAUUGUUCACAGUGCUUUGAGAGAACUAAAUAGCAUCCCUUUUGAUGAAUGCAAAUACCGUGUUGGAAUAGAUUCCCACAUAGUUAAAUUACUUUCUUUAUUAAAUAGUGGUUCUAAUGGUGUAUGCUUUGUGACAAUAUGUGGCAUGGAUGGUCUUGGAAAGACAACCAUAGCAAAGGCCAUCUAUAAUUGCAUACUUAGAAGCUUUGAUGGGAGCAGCUUUCUUACAAAUGUAAGAGAAGAAGCAUCACAAGGAGAUAAGGGUUUACUUUCCUUGCAAAAACGACUUCUUAACGACAUCUUGAAAAGGUACCACGAAGUAAGCAUUGUUUCUCAAUUGGUAAAAAUGCUACUUCAUGGAAAAAAAGUUUUUAUUCUAGAUGAUGUGGAUGAUCAUGUACAGCUUGAUGUAUUGGUUGGUGGAAUCAAUUGGUUUGGUCAAGGAAGUAGGGUCAUCAUAACAACUACAGAUGACCAAAAAAAUGAACCUCCAGAAAAGUUUAAGGAGCUUUCACAUAAAAUCGUACAAUAUGCUAAAGGAUUACCCCUAACUUUAGAGGUGUUGGGUUCUUUUUUAUUUGGCAAAGAGAAAGAAGACUGUGAAGAUAUAUCAGAAGGAUUGAAAGAUAUCCUUGAUAACAUGGUCUCUGGAAUGUCGAUAAAAAGGUAUGAUGAAAAGACAUUUGCAAAAUUGAUGAUAAGCUACAAUAAACUAAGUGAUCAUGCGAAAAUCAUAUUUCCUGAUACUACAUGCCACUUUAUUGGAUGUGAAGCAGACAAAGCAAUUACAAUAUGGGAAGCUUGUGAGUUGCGUCCAAGAUUAGCCAUAAAAGAACUCAUUCUAAAGCACCUCUUAAAGAUUGAUGAUGGGAAAUUGAUGAUGCAUGAUCAACUUCAAUUUAUGGGAAUGACAAUUGUCUCAAAAGACACUAAUGGGGGCCCUGCCAAGCAUACUAGAUUGUGGUCUCAUUUUGCCAAGUCCAUUGGUAAUCUAAAACAACUGGUUGAGCUUUCUGUAAGUGGGACAAAGAUUAAUGAGUUGCCUGAUGGUAUAGAUUACAAGAGGCUUCAACCACUCCUAAUCAGCAUGAGUUCUUUUGCUCAACUUCAGGAGCUAUAUUUGCAAAGUUACAUGAACCUUGAAUCUCUCCCAAAGCUUCCCUCCACUUUAACUCGUCUAGAAGUGAAGAAGUGUAUUUCGCUGCAGAUAAUUUCAGAUCUAUCACACGUGGAAAUGUUGAAGGAAUUAUUGGUUUAUGAUUGUGAAUCAUUAGUAAAAGUACCAGAUUUGUCAAAACUGAAGAGAUUGGUAGAGUUGAAUGUGGAAGGUUGCCCCAAAUUAACAGAGUUGUUGAAUUUGUCUAACCUGAAAAAAUUGAGAAAAUUAGAGAUUUUCAACUGUGAAAAUCUAGAAAAAAUUCAUGGAUUGGAAGGAACAGAGUCCUUGGAAGUGUUGAUUUUGUCGUGUUGCCACGAAUUAACAGAGUUACCGGAUUUGUCAAACCUGAAAAAAUUGAGUGAAUUAGAAAUUGAUAGUUGUGAAAAUAUAAAGGAAAUUCAUGGCAUCCAAGGAAUGGAAUCAUUGAUAGUGUUGUUAUUGAUAGAUUUCCCCCAAUUAAGAGAGUUACCUGACAUGUCAAACCUGAAAAGAUUGACAAGAAUAGAUAUUGGAGACUGUAAAUCUAGAGAAAAUUCACCUCUUUCAAGGAGCAGAGUCUUUGAAAGAGUUGACAGUGAACGAUUGCUACAAAUUAACAGAGACGAGGAAGAUACAUGGGCAGAUUUCUUCAGAUGGUCUGAUGCUUACAAUGAUAAUGAUGAGGAUGAGGAUGAUGAGGAGGAUGAUGAGAGAGAUAGGAACUACAAUGAAACUUGUCUUGAUGGUUGA